CUCCUUUUAAUUCGAUGUCUCAGAAUGAGACUGCAUUUCAAAGACUAUAAUUGGCAUUGGCCUGGCCUAAAUUGUGCUUUGAUUAUUAUUAGUGUGGGAACUAUCUUUAAAGACAAUAAAUUCACAAAAUGUUUCUAACACGUACAGAAUAUGACAAGAGUGUCAAUCUCUUUUCACCAGAAGGAAGACUGAUUCAAGUAGAAUAUGCCAUAGAAGCUAUUAAACUUGGCUCGACAGCCAUUGGGAUACAGACAUCUGAAGGUGUUGUUCUUGCUGUAGAAAAAAGAGUCACAUCCCCACUGAUUAUUCCAAGCAGCAUUGAGAAGAUAUAUGAAAUUGAUUCUAAAGUAGGCUGUGCAAUGAGUGGCUUAAUUGCAGAUUCGCGGACAAUGGUUGAUAAAGCUAGGGUAGAAUCUCAGAACCACUGGUUCACAUACAACGAGCCCAUGUCUGUUGAAAGUAUCACACAAUCAUUAUCAAACCUAGCUUUGUCAUUUGGUAAGAUGGACAUUUCAAAAGGAGGAAUGAGUCGUCCUUUUGGUGUCGCCUUGCUGAUUGGGGGCAUUGACGAGAAAGGGCCUCAGUUAUUUCAUCUGGACCCUUCAGGAACAUACCUACAAUAUGAAGCUAAAGCUAUAGGGUCGGCAUCGGAGGGUGCACAAUCGUCUCUUCAAGAGUUAUACCACAAGUCGAUGACCUUAGAUGAAGCCUGCACUACUGCGUUGUCUAUACUGAAGCAAGUUAUGGAGGAAAAAUUAAACUCAACAAACAUCGAGUUGUGCACCGUAACAGAGGCUGAGAAAUUCAAGAUGUUCACGAAGGACGAGAUCGAGACAGUCAUGAAAAAGAUCAAAUCGUGAUGGUUUUAUAUCGAAACUGGUCAGCUAUCAAACCUUUAAAUAGCCAUUACAAUAGAUCUUUUCAUAUUUCUUGUUAGAAUUUUAACGUUUAUCGAUACUGAAACAGUUA